GCAGCAACGGAAGACCUUCUCCCAGCCGAGGUUCCGGUGCAUGGAGGGAAGGAAGAAGACAGUUUCCUAACGGGUUCCAUAAACAUCAGAUGGAUGGUUUCUAGUCUGCUUCCAAACCCCACCUCGGCUGAGUGCUGGGCAGCACUUCUACAUGAUCCUAUGACUCUUGAUAUGGACGCAGUCCUGUCAGACUUUGUUCGGUCCACAGGGGCAGAACCUGGUCUGGCCAGAGACCUGCUGGAAGGCAAAAACUGGGACCUAACAGCCGCUCUCAGCGACUAUGAGCAGCUCCGACAGGUGCACACAGCCAACUUGCCGCAUGUGUUCAAUGAAGGGAGGUGCUCCAAACAGCCAGAGCGAGAACAGCCCCAGGCUGGGCACAAGGUGGAGCGGCCUUGCUUGCAGAGGCAGGACGACAUUGCCCAAGAAAAGCGGCUUUCCCGGGGAAUUUCCCACGCCAGUUCAGCCAUCGUCUCCUUGGCCCGGUCCCACGUAGCAAGCGAAUGCAACAGUGAACAGUUUCCCCUGGAGAUGCCGAUCUACACGUUCCAGCUGCCAGACUUGAGUGUUUACAGCGAGGACUUCCGGAGCUUCAUCGAACGCGACUUGAUUGAGCAGGCAACCAUGGUAGCUUUGGAGCAGGCAGGGCGCCUGAACUGGUGGUCCACUGUGUGCACGAGCUGUAAGCGGCUGCUUCCUUUGGCCACGACGGGGGAUGGGAACUGCCUCCUCCAUGCCGCCUCACUGGGGAUGUGGGGCUUUCACGACCGGGACCUGGUUUUGCGGAAAGCUCUCUACACCAUGAUGAGGACAGGGGCUGAGAGGGAAGCCCUGAAGCGGAGGUGGAGGUGGCAGCAGACGCAGCAGAACAAAGAGUCCGGGCUGGUGUACACGGAGGAAGAGUGGGAACGCGAGUGGACAGAACUGCUGAAGCUGGCCUCCAGUGAGCCACGCACGCACUUCAGCAAGAACGGCGGCACGGGCGGGGGUGUGGAUAACUCUGAGGACCCGGUGUAUGAGAGCCUGGAAGAGUUCCAUGUUUUUGUGCUGGCUCACAUACUUCGAAGACCCAUCGUUGUUGUGGCAGAUACGAUGCUGAGAGACUCAGGUGGAGAAGCGUUCGCGCCCAUCCCCUUUGGGGGAAUUUACCUGCCCUUGGAGGUGCCCCCAAACAGAUGCCAUUGCUCACCUCUGGUUCUAGCCUACGAUCAAGCUCACUUCUCUGCCCUCGUGUCCAUGGAGCAGAGAGACCAGCAGCGAGAACAAGCUGUGAUCCCCCUGACAGACUGCGAGCACAAACUGCUCCCCCUGCACUUUGCUGUGGAUCCGGGCAAGGACUGGGAGUGGGGCAAAGACGACAGCGACAACGCGCGACUGGCCCACCUCAUCCUGUCGCUGGAAGCCAAGCUGAACCUCCUGCACAGCUACAUGAAUGUGACGUGGAUCCGGAUCCCCUCAGAGACGCGGGCGCCCCUGGCGCAGCCCGAGUCCCCGACGGCCUCAGCAGGGGAAGACGUGCAGUCCCUGGCCGACUCGCUGGACUCUGACCGGGACUCCGUGUGCAGCAACUCUAACAGCAAUAACGGCAAGAACGGCAAAGACAAGGAGAAGGAGAAGCAGCGCAAGGAGAAGGACAAGACGCGGGCGGACUCCGUGGCCAACAAGCUGGGCAGCUUCAGCAAGACGCUGGGCAUCAAACUGAAGAAAAACAUGGGCGGCCUGGGCGGCCUGGUGCACGGCAAGAUGGGCCGCGCCAACUCGGCCAAUGGCAAGCAUGGCGACGCCCCCGAGCGCGGCAAGGAGAAGAAGGCCAAGUCGCGCAAGGGCAGCAAGGAGGAGUCGGGCGCGUCGGCCAGCACGUCGCCAUCGGAGAAGACCACGCCGUCGCCCACGGACAAGACAGCAGGCACGUCGCCCGCCGAGAAGGGCAGCGGGCCUCGCGGCGACGCCUGGAAGUACAGCACGGACGUGAAGCUGAGCCUGAACAUCCUGCGCGCCGCCAUGCAGGGCGAACGCAAGUUCAUCUUCGCCGGCCUGCUGCUCACCAGCCACCGGCACCAGUUCCACGAGGAGAUGAUCGGCUACUACCUGACCAGCGCGCAGGAGCGCUUCAGCGCCGAGCAGGAGCAGCGGCGCCGCGACGCAGCCGCCUCGGCCGCCGCCGCCGCCACCGCCGCCGCCGCCCCCGCCGCCUCGUCCUCCUCCACCGCCGCCUCCAACUCCACGGCCAAGCGGCCGCCGCGCAGGCCGGACACCGAGAGCGCGCCGGGCCCCGAACGCGCCUCGCCGGGGCCACCGGCCAGGCAGCCCACGCAGCUGGUGCUCAGGCUCAAGGAACGCCCGAGCCCCGGGCCCGGGACGGGCUCCAGGGCGGCCAGGGCGGCGGCGGGGGGCGGCUCGGCCUCCCCGGGCCCCGGCGGCGUGGGCAGCGCGAGGCGCGCGGGCGCCAGCGGCGGAGCCGCCCAGGGCCGCAGCCCGCCGGCGCCGGGGCGCCAGAGCGUCAUCCACGUGCAGGCGGCGGGCGGCCGGGACGAGGCGUGCGCGCCGGCCGUGGGCCCGCUGCGGCCGUGCGCCACGUACCCGCAGCAGAACCGCUCGCUGUCGUCGCAGAGCUACAGCCCGGCGCGCGCCGCCGCGCUGCGCACCGUCAACACGGUCGAGUCGCUGGCGCGCUCCGGGCCCGGGAGCCUGCCGGCCGCCGCGGGCGCGGCCGAGCACAAGUCGCAGACCUACAGCAACGGCUUCGGCGCGGCCCGCGACGGCCUGGAGUUCGCCGACGCCGACGCGCCGGCCUCGCGCUCGAACGGUGAGUGCGGCCGCGGCGGGCCCGGGCAGCGGCGCUGCCUGCGCGAGAACUGCGCCUUCUACGGGCGCGCCGAGACCGAGCACUACUGCUCCUGCUGCUACCGCGAGGAGCUGCGGCGGCGGCGCGAGGCGCGGGCGGCGCGGCCCUGA